AUUGUCUUAACACUAACACAUCAUCACUAUUGCAUCGGUGUCAUGCAGAACCACAGCAGUUCCAGUUUAAACUCCACCAGCUGGAAAACAGAAAACCUGGUCAGCAGUGCUCUGAUGGGUCUCUGCUUCAUGAUUGGAGUUCCUGGUAAUAUUGCGGUAAUACUUUUAAUAGUUCAGCAUUUCAAAAAGGACAAUUUUACAGUUCAUCUGAUGCUGAAUCUGGCAGCUGCGGACAUCUUGUGUUUGAUAACCCUGCCUGUGUGGAUUUACAGUGAACUAAACAGCAUUAACCAAUCAACCUGCAAGCUUUUCACAGCACUCGUCUACUGCAGUAUGUACUCAGGUUUGAUAACAGUAACUAUGAUGAGUUUAUAUCGUUGUUUACGGAUUCGGCAUCCACAGUUGUGGUCCAGAAUAGGCAGAAGAAGAGAGAGAGUGCUGUUGUUCAGUGUCUGGGCUCUUUCACUGCUUUUCUCUUGUCCUGGUGUUCUUACACAAGACAUCAUUCUAAGUGAAUCCAAAAUGGAGUGUGAAAGAAACCUGGAUUCAGACGCAAGACUUAUUGUGGCUGUGAUGGAGUCACUGCUUGGAUUUUUUCUUCCUUUGACAGUCAUGUUGACUUCAUAUUAUUGCUUACACAAAAUGGCCUCACAGAGAGCGUUCAGACACAGAUACCGACCAGCCAAACUGGUGACCCGGAUCAUCGUCAUUUUCUUCAUUUGUUGGGCUCCACACCACAUAAUAAAAUUAGAAGAAAUUGUUGCGCAAUUUUUAAAAUCAGAGCCAGUUCUAUCCCCUGUCAGUGGCAUUGCUGGAUGUCUUACAUUCAUCAACAGUUGUGUGAAUCCAUUCCUCUAUGCUUUUUCCUCAAAAAGUUUACAUCGACAAAAAUCUCCAGUGGAGCCCAAAACUAAAGACUCACAACACUCAAUGGAGGGUCAUUCAAGAGUUGUGAACAGCUCACUUGUAUAAUCUGAUAUCUGAAUAUGGACUAAAGAAUCAUUUUUUAAUUGAAAUACAAAUUGGACCAUGAUAUAAGGACCUUUUAAAAAUGCAUUCGAAUGAAGCUUGCCUAGCAGAAUAGUACACUGAAGAAGAAGAAAAAUUACAUACUUUGAAUACUUUGAAACAAGCAAGUAACAAUUUGAAUCAAACAUGAAAUGUGAAAGACUGAAAUAUUAUUUUAAUGUAAAAUGUACUCCAAUACACUGUUUUAUUUAUGACAGAAAAAUAUUUUGUACAGUAUGUUACGUAGCAUGGUAGUGGAAAUAGAGUAGCUAUUUUAAUAGAGUUACAUUAUGUCUCUCACAUUUGAUUAUGUAAAAACAAUGAUGUUCAUGAAGGCCAAAAUGAGCAAAAAUGGACAAUAUGAGCACUUUACCAUGUUAGAGGGAAAAAGUGAUAUUCUUUUGGGUACGUUUAGCCAUAAAGUCAUAAUUAAAAAAAUCAUAAAUUCCA